AGAAUUAUUCCCUUUAUUUGGUCACAAUAAAAAUAAAAUAAAAACGCCAAAGCCUCGUUUUUACAAUUUAGGGUUCCAUCACCUAUUUAGAUAAAACACGAAAUCCCAAUCUUAGUCGCGAACGUUUCCUCUCUCGAAUUCAAACAGAUCCUCUUAGAAUUUUAAUGGCUUGUUCAUCAUCCGAUUCAAAACCAGUGACGUCGCUGUUCUUCUUUUCUUUCUCAAUUCCCAUACCUUUCCAUUCUGUUUCCGCCCUACGCAUACUCGAUACUUGUUCAUCUCUCUCUUUCUCUAAUUCCGAUUCCUUUUUGUAACACAAAUACCGUAGUAACCCUAACUAACUAACCGUAGAAGCCGUUGUCAUGGGAAAGCGUAAUUCUCAACGUAAAAGUGCUGCGAUGUUCGAUAGCGAUGAUGAUAGUAGCGUGACUUCGUCGUCAACUGCUCGCUCUGAUUUGAUGUCCGUGUCUGGGGGUGAAGAUGUGCAGUUUGUUCAAGAUUCCUUGCUCGACCAAGCUCUCGAUGCAUUAGAUGAGAAAAGGGGUUCCACGAGGGAGAAAGCUUUGUCAUCCAUCAUUGACGCUUUCAAUACCAACAUGCAAUAUCAGUUUGUGGAAAAGAAAUUUGCUACCUUAUUACAUCAAUGUCUUGCUUCAAUAAAAAAGGGAUCCAAAAAAGCAUCUGCUAAGGAGAUAGCUUUGGCAUCUCAUGCCAUUGGUUGUCUGGCCUUGACUGUUGGAUGUGGUGACAACGCUCGUGAGAUAUUUGAAGAAUCUAUUCGUCCUUUGGAUGAAUCUCUCACAUCUAGGAUUGAUGUUUCAAAGGCACCCUCAUUGCUGGAGUGUUUGGCUAUAAUCACUUUUGUUGGAGGGAAUGAUCAAGAAGAAACAGAACGAUCAAUGGACAUAAUGUGGCGAGUGAUUAAUCCCAAGUUAGGUUCCAAUGUUGUUGCUGUCAAACCUUCUGCUCCAUUAAUAGCCACUGUGGUGUCUGCGUGGUCUUUUCUCCUCUCUACUGUGAGCAAUUUGAAGCUAAAUUCCAAAAAUUGGCAAAGCUCAAUCUCUUAUUUAUCUAGUCUUCUAGACAAGGAAGAUAGGUCUGUUAGAAUUGCUGCUGGUGAAGCACUGGCUCUAAUUUUUGAGAUUGGAGUUAUAGAUAAAUUUUCUGCUGUGUCAGACAGUGCAAGUGAUGCAACGCAAAAAGAAAGUAAACCACUUGAAAGCUACAUAUUUUUACAAGGACUGAAAGGAAAGGUAAUAAAUCAGUGCAAAGAUCUUUCUGUGGAGGCUGGUGGAAAAGGUUCUGCAAAAAAAGAUCUUAAUAGUCAGAAGAACUUGUUCCGAGAUAUCUUUGAAUUUUUUGAGUAUGGUUACUCCCCGGAAAUUUCAAUGAAAAUUGGUGGUGAUUCCCUGCAAGCAUCAUCAUGGUCUAAAAUGAUACAGUUGAAUUUUAUCAAGCAUUUUCUUGGAGGAGGAUUCGUUAAGCAUAUGCAGGAAAAUGAGUUCCUACAUGAUGUCUUUGGUUUCUCACCGAAGAGAAAGUUUCUUAAUAACAAUGAGAACAGAAUGUCUGGUGGUGAAAAGAGAAUGUUUAAGUCUCCAAAUUCGGUUCUGAACAAGGCUAGGACGCAAUUACUUAAUAAGCAGCGGUUAUUAUCUGAGGGCAGAAACUUCGGCCACUACGCUGUCGGUAUGGUUGAUGAGGAAUGAGGAGGCAUGAAUUUGACCAGAAACAACAAUACUUGUGUCUCAUUUAGACAUUCAAUCUACAUUUCAUGUAUAAGAUUUCAUGUAUUAUGUCAGUAGUACUUGUACACUUUCUAGUUCUGUACUUUUAUCAAUUACUCCGUAGAUUCUAAUGACAUGAGACUUAUGAUGAAUACGAAUGACAAAUUGGUAUUAAGAAGGGAUUUCCUUUGGAUCGAAA